AUGUGCUUUUAUACCGAUGAGCAGUUGUGUCUAAUAGGCCUUCCUUCCGAAGUCCAUACAGAGCUUAUGACAUAUCUUUCUAUUCACGACUGUAUAUCCGUCAGCCAAACAUGCACCGCUGUUCGUGACAUUUACCAAAACUAUACCUGGCGCUACUGCAGCAUCCUAAUCUUAGCUCCGGCCGAAUAUGACUCGUAUCGCCAUUUACAUAAGGACAUUUGGGUUAACGGAAAAAUUGAGAUUGAAUCUCGCCGACGUGUUUUUCCUGUUGAUGUAUUUCUUUCUCCCAUCCGUUAUACUUCAUGGUUCAGACCUUGGGCUAUCCAAAAUAUAUAUGUCGUUAAUCCCUCCGCAGCAAACGACAACUACAGCAUCGCCCCCAAAGUCACCACGGAGGAUCUUUGGGAUGAUUUUGUAAAGUCAGCAGGCACCGCUCUUAGUCUCAAAGACCCUAAUCGUGGUGGUGCUCCUUCUUAUGGAUUAUUAAAAAGGUUUGAGAUUGUAAACAGUUUAAGUUACAACAUGUUCUCCAAGUUUUGCCGAUCUCCACUACGAUUAUCUCUUGAUAAAAUUCCAACUCUCAAGGUACCAUUGAGUGUUCAGUUGCCAGUAGACUCAAAUAUAAACGGCGUCUUCCCUAUUAGAAAUUUCACGUCAGAUAUUUUGGAAAAUUUUUCUUGUGUUACAGAUCUCCGCAUUGUUGGCCCCCAGCUUCUGGUUACGAAUAUUCCCGGAAGUUUAGAUUUAAAAAAUGUUCGCACUCUUGUCCUAGUAAAUCUACGUACUUCUUUGCUUGCACAUCUUCUCGAACAGGCUUCGCUUGAAGAAGUUGCACCCAAGCUACGUGAAGUUGUAUGUGAAAUGGGUGCAUAUCAGCGAAAAGACGUCAUUUACGUACAAACAGCAAUCUCAGCUUUAGCAAAACUCCCUAGCAAUAGAAUAGAAAGCUGCAUUUUGCAUAUUACUUCAGAAAAAGAAGGAGAAUUUAUGCGAUGUAUUCCAAGAGAGUUUGAUACCAGCGAUAAUGAUAACGGCACAGGGUCGAGCGAAGGAACAAGAGGUCCAAAGCCAUUAUACGAUUUAGGAGUGGUAACGCAGUUAAAGGUGGACCAAAAUAAUUUUGACCUGACUCUUUUUAGUCGCAUUUUUGUGUUUCGACGACUCUCUUUUCUUCAAUGUCCAGUUUUUAACGUAAUUAAUUCUUGCGAUAGUGUAUUGAGUUUGGAAUACUUCAACAUUGCCAACCAGCUUACAAAAGUUUCGUUAUUAUUUGAAUCAGCUCUUAAUCAUAAAAAGCUUAAAGCCUUUACUUCGUUGACUAAUUUACGUCAGAUCCAGCUAUAUGGUAAUGCCGAUGAAUUUUUUUCAUUUGUCCCUGAGUUUUUUAUGUUUCUGUGGGAUGGUAUUCGCCACUUUUACAAAACAUCUAAAGUGCUUACUCGGGAAGAAAUUGCCCAAUCUCUUUCAGAGAAAUACAAAUCUUUGCCAACAUUAUUACGAAAUAUACGUCCUGUGUCUACGAGCUUUCCAGAUUGGGAUGAAUCUAGAGAUGAGCAAGACGAAUAUGAUGAAGAGGAAGAAGAGGAAGAUGAGGAAGAUGAGGAAGAUGAAGAUGAAGAUGAAGAUGAAGAUGAAGAUGAAGAUGAAGAUGAAGAUGAAGAUGAAGAUGAAGAUGAAGAUGAAGAUGAAGAUGAAGAUGAAGAUGAAGAUGAAGAUGAAGAUGAAGAUGAAGAUGAAGAUGAAGAUGAAGAUGAAGAUGAAGAUGAAGAUGAAGAUGAAGAUGAAGAUGAAGAUGAAGAUGAAGAUGAAGAAGGGGAAGGGGAAGAAGGAGAAGGAGAAGGAAAAGGAGAAGGAAAAGGAGAAGGAAAAGGAGAAGGAGAAGGAGAAGGAGAAGGAGAAGGAGAAGGAGAAGGAGAAGGAGAAGAAAAUAGACAAAAUAUGGGAGCUCAUGAUGAUAACGAGAUUGAGAUCGGAGUUGCAAAUGACACUACAAACGAUAAUCAAAGUGAAAUUGAAAUUGAAACCGAAACCGAAAAUGAUGGUGAGAAUGAAGAAAAUCUAAAUGAAACACUUAGACAAGGAUCUCGUUCUAGUGAUUUCGAAAGAAUAACUUUUUCGGAUAAUAGCAAACCUGAAAUUUUGGAAGAAUUAGCAGCUUCUACCCGUGUUGCUGACGAUCAGUAUGUUAAUGAUAUUGUGGAUAUGCUGGCUCUUAUGUAUGAAAACCCAUCAGAGUGCAUGACCAAGUACCAUGAAAGCUCACAGAACGAUUAUGGCAAGUUGUUAAUUUUAGCGCUAUGUUUCACUGAUUGUUAUGUCGACAUAAUUGCUAGCUGUCCGCGGUUAGAAUAUGUCUCCUUAGACUUUGAUAUUGUAAGAAGGCGGCACCCAUCAAUCGGCAUCAUGCGUUUUUUUGAGCAACACGUUAAAUCUAAGCGGCCAGAACUUGCUGCAGGCAAGCCCCGACACGCAAUCAAGCAGUGUUUUGUGUCUAUGGGCCGUCGGGGCCGGUACCAGAGCCCACGCGAUACAACUUAUGGGGAAACAGAUUUAGAUAUUCCCGACGAUGAGUACUAUGGGUCUUAUUAUUAUGGUGUGUAUCCUAAAGACCCAUGUGUGCUCAAGAUGAAAACAGGUAGGCAAAAUCAAAUGCUUAUAGACCUUGACCAGCGGCGCCAAUUUCAUGUACCAUCUGAAAAUGAAAAGACGGAUGGAUGUCGCAUUUCACCUAAAAUGUCGGAUUUUCUCAAAAAGGACUUUGACGGCUGGAUAUAG